CGAUAACGCAAAAGAAAAGAGCGUGGAUUAAAAGGGGCUCAUCAUACCCCGACACUCCUUUAAGGGGAUACAACCUUGACCAAAACGAUCUUUCUCCGGCGAACUCUAUGCUGAUUCGCCAUGUGCGAGAUGAAGGGAGAAGGUCGCGCAGGUCACGCCCACACCGUCGAUCUUCAACGAGGAAAUUUCUCUUUUCCCAGGUUCAUUGAUCUUCGCACUGUCUCGGAUCCGACUUCCAACCCCUCAACCCCUCGCCCUUGACCAACAUGACCUGCGAGUUGCACAUCAGUCAACCGGUUUCUCCACGAGCAAACCCGUUUGCAGCAAAAUUCUCCGUCCGAUCCUGUGCAACGUGGCUGCUAGUCUUGCAUGUUGAGAAACAAGCUGCAAAACCAGGACGGUAUGCUGCAGGUCGAUCUGUCCCACAACCCGUUGUAUUUGUGUUCCGGCAAUACAACCACAACUACAACGUAGUCCUCAAAUCGAACAUUCUGGGCCCUUUGCUGAGCAGACAAUUACUCUGCCGAGGGUUAGAAGCAAAGACCCCUUCGUCGCCUUGUUACCACCCGCGCAGUCGACAUCCACACCUAUAUUGGCCUCAUUAUGUAAUCGAUCCGCACCGCAUUCUGCCCAGAGCUACGACGCGAUUAGAGAAGAGCCCCUUCCCCCAAAUCAACGCCUACAACCUGUGUGGCUUCUCAUUAUACGCGUUGUCCGUCGCAAUUGCAUCGUUGGAAACGACCAAGCGAUCGAGUAUACAUUCCAGCACAUACUUCUGUUGCCGGAGCAGCCUCAAAACAAAAGCCUGACAGACGGCCAAUCGGUGAGUUUCGCCACGCCUAAUGCAGGUACACAAGACAUUUCCGUGGUCCAGCCUUACGACCAGCAAAGCUGCGAGAUAAGUAUAGAAUCUGCCCUGCAGCUAAGUUGAAGUCUAAUAACCAAUCAGAGAUGGCCUCAAUUCCCUGUUUUCGGCCCCUGGGAACUGGGCAUUGAUGAGCCCACCGCGACACGCGGGGAUUGCAUCUGGACGGGAAAAGUUACUUCAGCCCGGUACGCCAGCUAUUGGAGAACCGUGCUAGACCACUUGAGCACUUUGGGAGAAGAUUCUAUAUAUCGAUUUUGGUCCCCGCCACUCGCCGCGAAGGAAUCGAGCUGUGUCAGCAAGUCAGCAACCAACCACUUUAGCGGGAUGCCCGAAGCGAUUCCCGUUCCGCACGCCCGUACAAAGCUUUGCUUUAACGGUCCUCUUGCCGAUAUAGGUGAAGGUACUUUCCGUGGAUGGGGGCUAUCAUUGGCAAACUGCAAACUACCGACUUCUGUAUACGGCUGCCGGGCCAUGAUGUCCUUUAUCCAGUCCGCGUCAUUUCAUCCGCGGCAGGCAGAAGUGAGGCAUCAGUGCAUCUUACUUGCGUCUCAUUGGUCUCUAUGAAGCUGCAAGUGUAUGCUGACGAGGUCGUUCGGUGUCCGUGUUGUUGAUUCCGUCGAUGGUUUGGAAUCACAUCCACACGAAUACGUGAGGCACAGCCGAUUGUCACCUUCAUCUUCAGAGCUAUGCCUCUCUGGGUGAAUGCUCGCGGUGGUCACUACUAAAUACGGAGCCAGAGAAUGACGGAUCUUUAUCACUCCCCUAUGCAGCGCCCUCGUUACAUGCAGGCUCCGACUGGCCCCUUCUCCCAGGCAAGAGAGGGAUUGUUGUAGCAUAAAUCCGACCUCACUCUGCGAUCAGUGUUCUGGCCAGUUAUGCAGACUUUGAGCUCGAAAUCGGCCUUUCAUGAUCAGGACAGUCAUACUACUUAUGAACCAUCC